UCUUCCUUCAGCAAAACAACCCCUUUUCUUCGUCUUCACAGUCCCAAUUUGAUUGCCGCGGUUUUUGAUGCAGCAAAAUCAGCAACCGGAAACAGGGCAGAGCAGAACUUCUUAGAGACAGUAACUAAUUGAUCGUGUAAAAUCGAAGAGGAAGCGAUGGAGGGAACGAGAAGGGAAGGAAAGGGAGGCCGAGCUUGUGUGGUUGUUCUUGGUGAUCUUGGUCGAAGUCCUCGUAUGCAGUACCAAGCUCUUUCUCUUGCUCGCCAGGCAAAUCUGGAGGUGGAUAUUGUUGCUUAUGGAGGCUCUCAGCCCCACUCUGCACUUCUAGAGCACAAAUCUAUUCAUGUUCAUACCAUGACACAGUGGCCAAAAUUCCUUCAAAAUCUGCCAUGGAUAUUUCGGACUGUAAUGCUACUGCUGAAGCCGCUGAUUCAGUUUCUCAUGCUUCUUUGGUUUCUUAUUGUUAGAAUUCGUUCUCCUGCCUUCUUUAUUGUGCAGAAUCCUCCUUCUGUUCCUACAUUAAUUGCUGUGAAAUGGGCUAGCAUACUGAAGCGAUCUGCAUUUAUCGUUGAUUGGCAUAAUUUUGGUCAUACCCUGCUUGCCCUGUCUCUAGGAAGAAAUAGCAGUUUUGUUGCUGUAUACCGCUGGAUUGAAAAGCAUUUUGGGAGAAUGGCAGAUGGCUCCUUUUGCGUCACGAAGGCAAUGCAACAUGAAUUGGCUGAAAACUGGGAUAUUAAAGCCACAGUUUUCUAUGAUCAACCUCCUGAGUUUUUCCAUGUUGCUUCACUCAAGGAAAAGCAUGAGUUGUUUUUUAGGCUACAUAAUAAUCUACUUCAACCUCUUGGUUUUCAAGAUUGUAUUAGCUAUGCAGGUGUAGGAAUGGUAGACAAUGAGCAGCAGGAUACACUGUUAACAAGCCUGGUUGGCAAGGAUAUUUUCUUGAAGCCAAACAGACCUGCAGUCGUUGUGAGCAGCACAAGCUGGACUCCAGAUGAAGAUUUUAGUAUCCUUUUGGAAGCCGCAGUCAUGUAUGACAGGCGUGUUGCUGCCAUUCUAGAUGAGGAUGAUUCUAUUUCUGACGAGUUUAUCUGGAAAGAAAUGUAUAGUGGAAAGGAGUACUUAUACCCUAGGUUAUUAUUCAUCAUCACCGGUAAAGGGCCUGAGAAAGAAAUGUAUGAAGAUAAGAUCAGUAGAUUACACCUUAAGCGUGUGGCAUUCCGUACAAUGUGGCUGUCUGCGGAGGAUUACCCAUUACUUCUUGGGUCAGCAGAUCUAGGUGUUUGUUUGCAUACUUCUUCAUCAGGCUUAGACCUUCCCAUGAAGGUUGUUGAUAUGUUUGGUUGUGGACUUCCUGUUUGCGCGGUUUCCUAUUCUUGCAUCAACGAACUUGUGGAAGUAGGGAAGAAUGGUCUCCUCUUUUCAUCAUCAUCAGAGCUAGCAGAUGAACUACUGAUGCUUUUUAGGGGAUUUCCAAAUGAAUGCAGUGCUUUAAAUUUGCUAAAGAACAGCACUGUGGAAAUGGGUUCUCGUAGGUGGUCUACCGAGUGGGAGGAGCAUGCCAAACCAUUAAUAUCUCAGGCAAGUCUGCUAUUGUUUCACCUUCUAUGGUAUUAGAGUCUAUCAUCAUGUGCAUUGUGCAAUGUACAUACAGAGUGUUGUUCUUUUAUAUUUUCUCAAGCACUCUUAUUUCAGUCCUUCCAUCAAUGCCUUGGACAUUUAUUUUUGCUGCAUUUGUUUAGUUUAACAUUAAAACUCUGCUCAAGGUAAAGUAACAAAAAGAACAGUAUAGGAAGUUUGGGCUUUGUCCGGUAAACAAGUACGAAGAGUAUAGGAAGUUGUUACCUUGUCAACCAAAUGUAGUAGGGUCAAGAGGUUGGCCUGUAAUUAGUCGAGGUGUGUGCAAGCUGGCCCGGACACAGA